AGGGGUAGUUUAAACCAUGAGCUUUCCAAACUGUUCAACCAACUUUGGGAUGCCGAUGUGAAUCGCAUGAAUCCUGGGAAAGAUUACCGCAUCUCAUUGCAGGGGAAAGCUGGAUAUGUACCAGCCGGGAGCAAACAGGCCAGAGACAGUGCCCACUUCCCGCUCUUCCAGUGUGUGGAUGAAGAGAAGCUGAAAAGCAGGAAAACAUUUGCCACAUUCAUCUCUCUUUUGGACAAUUAUGAGAUGUCCACUGGUGUGGCAGAAGUGGUCACGGCAGAGGAAGUGGCAGAAAUAAACCAUUUCCUGGAUGCCAUUUUGGAAACGAAGGUGAUGAAGCUUACUCAUGAAUAUCUGGUUAAGAAGAAUUUGGCAAAACCGAGCCAAAAAGAGUUCAGAUCUCAGCUGUACAACAUCUGGUUUCAGCUGUACAGCCGGGAACCAGGGAAAGGAAAAGACUCUUGCGGGUUUGAACACGUGUUUGUGGGCGAGUCAAAGCGUGGUCAGGAAAUCAUGGGCCUUCACAACUGGGUUCAGUUCUACCUGCAGGAGAAGAGAAACAACAUAGACUACAAGGGUUUUGUGGCCCGGCAGCACAAAAACCGGCCUGAUGAAGAUGACCAAGUGUUAAACCUGCAGUUCAGCUGGAAGGACAUGGUAAAACCAGUGGGCAGCAGCUUCAUUGGAGUCAGUCCUGAAUUUGAAUUCGCUGUUUACACCAUCGUGUUCCUGAAGUCGCAGGAGAAGGUCACUAAGGAACUUGUGCGGGUGGAGGAGUACGAGCUGCAGAUUGUUGUCAACCGCCAUGGCCGGCACAUUGGAACAGCCUACCCAGCUCUGCUAAGCAGUAACAAUCCAGAUUUGUACUGA